AUGUCCCUAACCCUGACGUUCAUCCACUGAUUCUAACAUCUCAAGCGGAUGUCGCGCGCAUCAGGCAUCCUGGGGAGACUGCGAUAUACAGGUCAAAUCUGGCAUUGCACGGAAUGGCCUUGCUAUCUAACCCAGAAAAAGGUGUAAAGACAAUCGCUGAUUU